AUGGGCAGGAAGGUGUACGUGGUAGGAGUUGGUGUUACAAAGUUUGCCAAGCCGGGCACCAUCGGAGACUAUCCGGAAUUUGGCAAGCAAGCGGUGGUAGAGGCGCUGCGAGAUGCCGGCGUGGAGUACGAGGCGGUGCAGCAGGCGGUGUGUGCGUACGUCGCCGGCGACUCCACCAGCGGCCAGCGGGUCCUCUACCAGGUCGGAAUGACGGGCGUGCCCAUCUACAACAUCAACAACAGCGGAGCUACCGGUGGCAGCGCUCUCUUCCUCGCCAAACAGCUCGUGGAGGGAGGUAUCAUUGAUGUAGCACUAGUUCUGGGCUUUGAGAAAAUGAAUCCUGGAGCACUGAAAGUCUCUGUCUUUGAUGAUAGAGCUUCCUCUUUUGAUAUACACAUGGAAAAAAUUAUAGAUUUAGUAAAGAAUAAAGUACCCCGUGUACCAAUGGCGGCGCUUAUUUUUGGUAAUUCUGGAAUAGAACACAUGAAAAAGUAUGGAACUACCGAAGUACAUUUUGCCAAAAUAGCGGCCAAAAAUCAUAGUCAUGCAUUGAAAAACCCGAAAGCCUUCAAUACAAAAGCGUAUACAGUUAAAGACAUACUGAAUUCUAAAAAAAUUCAUGGGCCACUUACAAAACUGCAGUGUUGUCCUACGAACGACGGCGCAUCAGCAGCCGUCCUCAUGUCGGAGGCUGCGGUGGCACGUUACGGGCUCCAACACAAAGCGGUUGAAAUCGUUGGCAUAGAGAUGGCGACGGAUACACCAAACGUAUUUCAAGAGCCGAGUUUUAUGAGAAUAGCCGGUUCGGAUAUGACUCGUCUAGCGGCGACGCGGCUCUACACUAAGACCGGAAUUAGUCCAAAGCAGAUAGACGUGGUCGAACUCCACGACUGCUUCUCUUGUAACGAGCUCGUCACCUACGAGGACCUGCAGCUGUGCGGGCAGGGCGAAGGCGGUAAAUUCGUGGAUGCUGGCGCGAACACUUACGGCGGACAAGUGGUUGUGAACCCGAGCGGGGGUCUGAUCGGUAAAGGACACCCGCUGGCCGCCACCGGCGUGGCGCAGUGCGCCGAGCUGUGUUGGCAGCUGCGCGGGGAAGCCGGCGCCAGACAAGUGCCGAAUGCGCGUCUCGGUCUGCAGCACAACCUGGGACUGGGCGGCGCUGCUGUCGUGGCACUGUACCGUAGGGGGUUCACCGACCACACUUCACACUCCAAACUUUAAAACAUCAAUUUGUAAAGUGCUAAUUAAAUAUUUUCUCUCUAUCAUUAAUUAUUA